GUUAAAGACAAGGGGGUUCGGUCGAGGUGAAGACCCCUUUAGAGGUGUUUAAGAGACUUCCUUUGAUGUGUUCCCCACCUAACAGCAGGCAUUAGAGUGAUGGAAAUUUGAUUAGUUCUCUCACAUUCGCUUAACACCGACCGCCAGCUUUCAGCCAGGCAGUGACAUUUGUGGUUGCAAAGGAAGUUGGUAUAAAUAUCUCAGAGAUAGGAGAGAAGAGAGAGAGAGAGUCCUCUGAGUAGAAGGUGGAGUGUGUUUGUAGGAUUGCAGAAUAUUACUAUGGAUUUACUGCCACUGUUUGUGCUUCUCCUGCUCUGUGUUGUCCAUCAAACCUUUGCAGUUGUUCUAGUUAAAAACACAGAAUCCAGAAACCUGUUUACAGAGCGCGCAUGCUGCAGACGCCAGAGUCACGUCAUUUACAUCGGCAAAGAUAUUUCUGGCAGUCCUGUUAAUGUCGAUGUUGGCGCGUGUAAAACGCAUUGUGGCCAAUCAGCGCGCUCUACGUCAUUUGAGGCGGGUCUUUGGGCCUCCAAAUAUUCAUCAAUGCUCGAUUUCCUGCGGAGCAAAAAGAUGAGACGGCUGGCUCCUUCAUCUUCAGACCCCUUCAGCGCCCCCCCAUCCUGCAGUCUGAGUGCCACAUGUGAGCCUGCUGGGGUUCGAGUGGACAGAGUGAUGCUUUAUGAAGGCCUCCGAGAGGUUGAAAUCAUUGAAGAAUGCCACUGUGAGGCCAAAAUGAGCCAGUGUGUGCGAGCACCAGCUCUAAAGACAUACUACUCUCAAACCCCAUAUGAGACUGUUAUAGAUGUGGGCAAAUGUGUGGGGUUAAAAGGUGCACCGGAGGGAUUUUCCUGCGUACCCACUACGUUUGAUUCUGCCCUCAUUGAAACUCCAAACAAAGUGGAGUUGAUCCAGAAAGUAGCUCGAUGUGAAUUAAUAGAGGGGUGUUACCGUAUUCCAUAUGUGGAGUUUCAUUACGAGACGACAUACAACAAUGACAAAGUCAAAGUAGAAAACCUUAGGGAAAUAGAUGUGGGCAGAUGUUUGGGGAGCUGCACCUCAGGGAGCCGCUGUCUUCUCAGGAGUGCGUCGAAUCUAGGUGAAUGCUUGUUGUGGGCUGAAGGACAGGGCAACGCUUGUGUUCCACAUGACUAUGAGAGCCACACUUUCCUGAGUCAACACGGCCAAAUCCGCACCAUUCUGGCCAUCACUUCCUGUCUAUGCCAGUCUUGAACACAGCGCCCGCUACUGGAACACUCCACCAACUGCUGUGAAUGCAGACGGAAUUUGAUUGUUUCCCUCCCAAAUUUUGCAUGACCCCAAAUGUCUGGUUUGGAGCAGUUUGAUAUGGCACGCUGCAAUUAUGCUGUUUAAUCAUGGCAAACAUUUCUGUAAUAUAUGUAAAUUAUGUAAACUGUAAUUUGUAAAUAAAAUCUA